CACUCUUCCUUCUUCCACUUCAUUUUACUUCUGUUCCUAUUUUUCUUCGAAACCCAGUUCUUCAAAUUUGAAGAUUUUCUCUUCUGCUGUUUUGGUUUUCUGUCUAAAGACACAGUUCUCUGUGUAUAUCUGUGCCUGAGUAAUUGAACAAAUGCUUCAACCAUUUUGAGAGGUAAACAAGGUGGCUUGAGUUGAUAUUUGUUGGGGUCUAGAGAUGUCAAGUAGAAGGGCGUCUGAUCAGCCACCGCCUAGGCGGAUUUUGCGGACUCAGACUGCCGGAAAUUUAGGAGAGCCAAUCUUUGAUAGUGAGGUGGUGCCUUCUUCCUUGGUCGAGAUUGCUCCAAUUCUUCGUGUGGCUAAUGAAGUCGAGUCUAGCAACCCAAGACUUGCUUAUCUCUGUCGGUUUUAUGCCUUCGAAAAAGCUCACAGACUGGAUCCUACAUCGAGAGAGGAUUUUGCAAGCUCAUGCUAAGGUCGAGGAGAAGAAACAGUUAUAUAAGCCUUAUAAUAUUCUUCCUCUUGAUCCAGAUAGUGAAAAUCAGGCUAUUAUGAGAUAUCCUGAGAUUCAAGCUAGUGUUUCUGCACUUCGUAACAUCAGGGGUUUGCCAUGGCCAAAGGACCACCAGAAGAAAGUAAAUGAAGACAUUCUAGACUGGCUUCAGGCCAUGUUUGGUUUUCAGAAAGAUAACGUUGAGAAUCAAAGGGAGCACUUGAUUCUGUUGCUUGCAAAUGUACGCAUAAGACAAUUUCCAAACCCUGAUCAGCAACCCAAGUUGAAUGAUCGUGCUCUGACAGAACUGAUGAAGAAACUUUUUAAAAACUACAAAAGGUGGUGCAAGUAUUUGGAUCGCAAAAGUAGCCUUUGGUUACCAACAAUUCAACAAGAAGUGCAACAGCGAAAAUUACUAUACAUGGGUUUAUAUCUUCUUAUAUGGGGAGAAGCUUCAAACUUGAGAUUCAUGCCAGAAUGCCUCUGCUAUAUUUAUCAUCAUGUAUGUACAGUUCAAAUUGUUCCUGAGAUUGCAAUGAGAGAAAAAAGAAUUAGCUUUCUUUUUCAUUUCUUUAGGGCUCUAAAUCAUAAGGAGAUUUAAUUCAGGUGUGGGGAUGUUGCAUGGAAGUUGAAGGAACCAAAA